GGCAUCAUGCUGGGCCUGGUCCUCGGUAUGGUGCGAUUUGGAAUCGAAUUCUCCUACACGGUACCGCCGUGUGGCUCAGGCCUUGAAGAUCUAAGACCCGAGUGGGUGAAGAGAGCUGUAUUCGACAUUCAUUUCCUCCACUUCGGCUGCAUUUUAUUCCUGAUAGUGCUGAUCGCAGUUAUCAUCAUUUCUUUGUGCACAGAGCCCAUUCCAAAAGAAUGUCUGCACCGGCUGACGUUCUGGUCCCGGCACAGCACGGAGCCACGUGCGCCUCUCCCCUGCGACGUAACCGAGGAGGCGAAGACUCCACCACCCACAGCCGUGUGCCCCUCAGAGCCGGCGCCAAGCGGCCCGCCAUCUCUGGGCCGCAAGCUGUUCAACCUGAUCUGCGGGGUGGAGGAGCGCGCCGGCGCGCCGGCGGAUGCGUCCGACCCGCGCCGUCUCAUGACCGACUUGGAGCGCGCCAAGGCCGACGCCGACUCGCUGCACGAGGACCCCAAACAGAGAGUAGUUGUCAACGUCUUGGCCCUUUUUACGAUGGCCAUCUCCCUGGGAAUGUAUGUCUACUACCGAUGAAGCAAGAUGGAGCAUAAUCCGAUGACGUUGCGGAACAAGACGACCUCAUCGGAUGACGCUUGGGAACAAGACAGCCUCGUCGGAUGACGCUGGGAAGCAAGACAGCAUUAUAGGAUGACGCUGGGAAGAAGGAUGGGCUCAUCGUAUGCUGCUGUGGAGCAAGCGUCGUCCCUUCUGAUCACCGCGCGGGACUGAUAGCUUUUCCAGUGUCUGGCACGUGUAGGCUUACUGGCACAAGAGGCUGAUCGAUUUGUGCGGCUGGUUGCUUGACACUAGCGUCGGUGAUUGCAUGCUUCAUGCCACAUCCGCUGAAUUCUGCGAUUUCGAACUUUGAAAUUUUGACAUUUGGAAUAUUGUUUAAUUCAUUACGAGGCCAUGUGUUGAAAUCAUGCCAGGCAAGGCUGCGUUGGAGUGCGUACUUUGCAGUGAUAUAGGAAAGCAGCGGACGUGCAUGCGUAAUACAUAGGCAUACAUAAUGCACGAUUUCGUGGGUGUAUGAACUAGUAUGUUGUUCAGGAUAAAGUAAAGUAGACGAGCAAAUAGGCACCAAAUGUUUCACUAUCUUCAAAAAAAGGUUGCGGUAAAAUGGGGAGCAAUAAUGCUUGUUUUACUGUAACUGAUCGGCUGCAACAAAGGCAUACAGCUAGUAACCAUAUGUGCGCACUUCUUAAAAUGUUUUGGAGCGGACUAUAUUAGUGAUAAGCACAAGUGAUUAUACAUGGAUAAUUCCUGAGAAAUAAACAAA